AUGCAGCGAGACUCCAGUCGUCGACGAAAACCUCGCCCUGCGGACAAGCUGGAGGAACCUAUAGACUCUGCCCGGUCUGAUACACCCCAGAAGCAUAAGAAGGAGGCGUCAAGCAGAGACUGGCCAUGCGGAUUGGUUUUAUAUCCCCUGGCUUUAUGUCUUGUAGUUGUCCUACUCCUCUGGAACCAGUACACCACUCGGCUUGUUUUGCCGUCCUCUUUCUUCUCUCCUACCCGAAUCCAUCAUGAACCCAACCUCGAAGAACAUGAUGUUCUGAUGAAAAGCCCUGAUGAUUCACGUCCCCAGAUCGAGUUGCAUCCCAAGCAUCACAUUUACCGGGACCCAGCGACGCAUUAUCUAGACUGGACCGUAACGGCUGGCAACCUGAGACCGGACGGGGUGCUGAAGGACGUGCACCUGAUCAAUGGUCUCUUCCCGGGCCCAACUAUCGAGGCACGCUCUGGAGAUACCGUCAUAGUCAAUGUCACCAACGCCUUGCAGGAUGAGUCCUUCACUGUUCACUGGCAUGGUCUUCAUAUUCAAAACUCAAUGGAUGGUGUUGCCGCCGUUACACAACGUCCAAUCCUGCCAGGAGCAUCCUUCCUCUACCACAUUGAUAUCCCAUCUGAUCAAAGUGGAACCUUUUGGUAUCAUGGGCAUGCGGGAUUAGCCCGGGCAGACGGCCUCUAUGGUGGAUUUGUGGUGCAUAAGCCCGCCCCCAAAUCCACAGUGCGUGGAUUGAUGAGCAGAGAGGGAGACGUUUCCCUCAACCGUGGGGCAGAUGAAAAAGACGUGCUUCUCAUGAUCGGUGAUUGGUACCACCGACCAGCUGCAGAGGUAAUGGCGUGGUAUAUGCGCGCCGGUUCUUUUGGGAACGAGCCCGUUCCAGACUCCUUGGUUCUUAAUGGAAUUGGAUACUUUAAUUGUUCCAUGGCUGUCCCCGCGAGGCCGCUAGACUGCAUUGAUAGUCCCAUCAAUCUAUCUCGCGUUUUACCCACAGAUGCCGUCUGCAGGGUAAGAGUAGUGAACACAGGAUCGCUUGCUGGGUUUACCCUGACCUUCGAUAACCAUGAUGUUACUGUCCUCGAAGUGGAUAGUGCUCCAGUCCAGGCACAACAAGGAACUCGUAGUAUGCAUUCGGUCGGCAUACUGUAUCCGGGCCAGCGAAUGGACCUCCUUAUUCGUCGGUCUACAGAUGAUAAAUCGAGUACAUUGAAGAUUCAUCUCGAUGAAGAAUGCUUCAAAUACCCGAAUCCUGCCCUUAAAUCUACUCAAACAUUUUUCAUGUCUGAAGGUCAAGAUGAAACCGAACCGACACAUAUUGCUGCAGAACCCCCCUCGAAUGAGCAGCAGAUCUCCAGCUUGAUUGAUGUCCAGGAUCUUCCUUCUACAGAGCAGAUCCUAUCCCAAAUCCCGCCCAGCGCCGCUGUGCAAAGGACAGAGGUCGUCUACACUAAGAUCCAAAAGCUCUCAAUCCGACAUAAUGUCCCGUACGGGUUUUUUAACAGGACAUCCUGGGUACCACAAAUGGACCCGGCGAUCCCGUUAAAUGAACUGGAGCGGGAGAGAUGGGAUAAGAAUCAGUUUGGUAUUACGAUUCCUAGUCCACCAUCGCUACACCAGAGAGAUGAAGGGGAACAAGGCAUAUGGGUUGAUUUGGUAGUGAAUAAUCUCGAUGAAGGUGGUCAUCCCUUCCACCUGCACGGUCAUCAUUUCUACAUUCUUGCCGUCUACAAAGCCGCCAUUGGCUGGGGUUCUUAUAACCCUUUCGUCGACCCUUCUCCGCCUGGUCUCGACCCCGAGAGGUUCCCGGAAACGAAAGGGUACGAUCUAUCCCGUGCCAUGCUCCGAGAUACAGUCUACAUCCCCAGCCGUGCGUAUGCAGUUCUGCGCUUCCGAGCCGACAACCCCGGCAUUUGGCUAUUCCACUGUCAUAUUUUGUGGCAUUUAGCAAAUGGCAUGUCGAUGCUUGUUGAUGUCGGGGGGGUUUAG